AUGAGAAGUUUCUUAUUUGGAGGCUCAUCCUCUUUGGAUGAUAAUGACACGACCAGUCUCGAUAAUUUUAAAUUUUAUACCAAUGCACUUCGUUCUCGCCCACAAGGAGAUUUUAUUGAUAACAUUCAUACCAAUUGGUUUGGAGAUUUUGAUUUAUUGGAAGAGCAUCAUGGCUAUAUUCAAUAUCUAUUUCCAAUUCGAUUACAAGGCUUGAAUGGCUCUUCUCAACCUCUCACUAAAAACGAGGCUACUCUCAUGCGUGGUGAUCCAACCAUCAAGGCUCGAAUUAUCAAAUCCUAUCGAUUGAUGCUUGAUUUUUAUGGUUUGGUGUUGGAAGAUGAAGUCAGUGGAAAGAUUAGUAGAAAUCCAGUGACCUAUAAGAGAAGAUAUAGUCACUUGAACAAUUCAUUCCACAAUUAUUUGAGAAUUACAAGAAUUUUGAAAUGCUUAGGAGUGACUGGAUUUGAACAUUACAAACCUCACUUUUUAAAUCAUAUGGUUGUUGAAAUGUUUAAAUACAAUAAUUUGAUCAAUGCACGUGAUUCAUGUAUCAAAUUUUGGUUACCAACCUUGCGAAGAAGUCAAGAUUUGAAAUAUUUUGAUCAAUUAAUUGAAGAAUUAUCGAAUGGAAAGAGAAAGGUUGACAGAAACGGUAGAGACGGUUAUGGAGAUGAAGUCAACGAUCAAAGUUGGCAAACACAAUUUUAUGACAGUGGAUACAAUAUUGAUUAUGCCAAUGAUUCCUACUUUACCUCCAAAGAUGUUCUCACACACUCUGUAGAUCCCUAUGCUAAUCUCAGACAUUGA